AUGACAAUUGCAACCACUGCAUUCCUUAAAUUGAAUCAAUCUCAUUUCAAUCAAGGAGGCGAUUACAUGCCAGCUCCCUCCCAACCAGUCAGCGAGUCAAAUGAUUUCUAUCAACAUCAUUUUCCAUACCAUUUCGUUGCACAUCAUCAAUAUUAUCCACAUCAUAUGCACUGCACAACGCCUCACAAUUGUGAUCAUCAUAAUAAUUAUGGAACUACAAGUAACAGUGGCGGUGGUAAGUCAUUUGCACAUCACACUUAUCAAACAAUUGGUCCAUCCACAAUAAGCUCAACAGUAUAUCAAGAGCAUCACUAUGCAAAGCCAGAUAAUAUGGGUAAUAUUGAAAUUAUUGAUAGUAAAAAACCGCGCAAUUUCGAUGAUAUGAAUAAUGAAAUCUAA